GGCGCGGCGGGGCGGGGCAGGGCGGGCGGAACCACCGAGGCUCAGCACAGGGGGCAGCGUAGCGGCGACCGGCUGGACGCAGAGCGCAGGCCGGGUGCAGGGGGGCUCCGCGCGGGAUCUGGUCCCGGGAGGCAGUCGCGUAAGGCGCGGGGACGCGGGAGGCUCGAGUGCGCAUUGGCGACAGGCAGGCGGGCGAGCCCACGGCACCGCGCCCCCCGUGCCCCCGCCCCCGCGCUGCGGAGAAUGGGCACCUCGGGCCGCGGGGCGCAGCCAGAGAAUAAACCCCAAUGAUCACGGGCUGAGUCCGCGCCGCCACCAUGUCCGUGGCCUUCGCGUCGGCGCGGCCGAGAGGCAAAGGGGAGGUCACUCAGCAGACCAUCCAGAAGAUGCUGGAUGAGAACCACCACCUGAUCCAGUGCAUCCUGGACUACCAGAGCAAGGGCAAGACAGCUGAGUGUACCCAGUACCAGCAGAUCCUGCACCGGAACCUGGUCUACCUGGCCACCAUUGCAGACUCCAACCAGAACAUGCAGUCUCUGCUUCCCGCGCCUCCAACACAGAACAUGAGCCUCGGCCCCGGAGCACUGAGUCAGACCGGUUCCAGCCAGGGCCUGCACCCCCAGGGCAGCCUCAGUGAUACUGUCAGCACAGGCCUGCCCCCUGCCUCCCUCAUGCAGGGCCAGAUCGGUAACGGUCCAAACCAUGUGUCCAUGCAGCAGACGGCCCAGAGCACACUGCCCACAACCUCCAUGAGUAUGUCAGGCAGUGGUCAUGGUACUGGGCCUGGGUACAGCCACUCGGGACCUACCUCACAGAGCGUCCCCAUGCAAGGGCAAGGUGCCAUCAGCAACUAUGUGUCUCGGACCAACAUCAACAUGCAGUCCAACCCAGUCUCCAUGAUGCACCAGCAGGCAGCCACAUCCCACUACAACUCAGCACAGGGUGGAAGCCAGCAUUACCAGGGCCAGGCACCCAUUGCCAUGAUGGGCCAAGGUGGUCAAGGAGGCAGCAUGAUGGGGCAGCGGCCUAUGGCGCCCUACCGACCCUCCCAGCAAGGCUCUUCCCAGCAGUACCUGGGCCAGGAGGAGUACUACAGCGAACAGUACAGCCACGGGCAAGGCUCGGCAGAGUCCAUGAGUCAGCAGUACUACCCAGACGGCCACGGUGACUACGCCUAUCAGCAGUCGUCCUACACAGAGCAGAGCUAUGACCGCUCAUUUGAGGAUCCCACACAGCACUACUAUGAGGGGGGAAACUCCCAGUACAGUCAGCAGCAGGCUGGGUACCAGCAGGGCACAGCACAGCAGCAGACCUACUCCCAGCAACAAUAUCCCAACCAACAGAGCUACCCAGGGCAGCAGCAGGGCUACGGCCCUGCCCAGGGAGCCCCCUCACAGUACUCAAGCUACCAACAAGGACAAGGUCAACAGUACGGAAGUUACAGAGCGUCGCAGACGGGACCUUCUGCCCAGCAGCAGCGGCCUUAUGGCUAUGAGCAGGGCCAGUAUGGGAAUUACCAGCAAUAAAGGACAAGCAUUGUCUUUGGACCCUUCACAGCAGUAUGUUCUGGAUGAGCCUGUGGCACUUCUGAUGAGUAAUGACAUGUUGGUCACCCUCUGUCUGCCCAGAGCCUUGUCUGCGUGACAGGCAGGCUCAUUUUGUGCCGGGUGUGAUGCCGUGUGCACCACUGGCUGCGCUGGCGUGACAUGUCUGGUGCUGUGUAAAGUAUUGUAUAUCGGUACGAUGGGGAGGUUGUCCUGUUUGUGUCCCCCACCCCCUCCCUGGUGUUCUUAGCUAGCUUUGGGGGGGGGGGGGUCACCGUGUCAUCACGUGUUCUGUGCCCACUGAUGACACAAUAUCUAAGGGACAUCAUGGUCCACGUUGCUGUGAGACUCAAUCUGUCCCCUCUCAUAGCAUUGUCACAAAGUGGACUGUAAAUGUUUCUUCUUCAACUGGCGGCUCAUAGAUUGACAUACAUACAACGCUGGGUGGCCAUCUCCUCUGUGCCUAAGUCGGGCUUUGGGGACACCUUCCGUGUCUUGGGUUGUGUCACUAUAAGAUUAAUAUGCUUCAUGUGCAAAGACCAUGAGCUGUCCUUUCCAGGACUUACCAAUUGCCUGUGUCUCUCCAGUUUCCAUGAUCCCAGAGUAUGUCUUUGUAGUUGAGAGUGAGGGAGAAUCAGUGUCUGUGCCCCUGAGGGUGAGGGCACCGUGAGGGGAGCCUUCCCUGGGAGGGCCGUGUCUGAAGAACAAGUCUCGCCGUCUCCUGGCUGCUUGUGACUUUGGCCCUUGUAUAUUUGGCAUCAUCUCUAGGAUUCAAGUGUGCCCAAACCUAAAUUUAAAGAGAAUUUAAAGUACUUAUGUUUCAUUUUACAAGCAGUUGGCAAGUGUUGAUAUUACGUCUUCAGGACCCCUGAGUUCAGAUUGCCAAGCAGAUGUUCCUUUGCGUUUAGGGAAGUCUGAAACCCACACUGCAUUUUUAAUGAAUCCAAAUAACUUUUAAUAUGUUCUUUCAAAUGAAAAGGACAAGUUUUAUACAGUGAAAAUUGAGUGAUUUUUUUUUAUAUCCCUAGAAUGUUUAAUCUCAUUUUAAUUCUGUGAAAACAUGAGACAGCUUUUUUGAAAAGGUUCUGUCAAAGGAAAAUACCACAUACAAUAUAGCAUGUAUAUUUCUCAGCAUUUGUUUGGGUGAUAACAAUAUUACUAUGAGAAGAAAAGAACAACCUUCAAGCUAAGUGCUAAGAACAACCAAGAACAUAUAAAACCAUCUCCAAGGCUACAGGGCUUGGUACAUCAGGCCUAUCCACCAUGAUGCUUUUGCUUUAUUUGUGUCUUACAUGUAGCCCAGGCUGGCCUCAAAUUCACUACGUAGCUGAGGCUGAAUAAUGAUCCUCACUCCCAAGUACUGAGACCACAGGCAUGCACCACCACACCUGAAUGUUUAUCUGUACCCACUGUAGCUCAGUGGGUAAAGCGCUUUUGUGGACUUGAAUUAAUCUUGCUGGAAAAUACAGUGCAAGCUCCAUUUUACUUACAGAAGAGUCAAGGGCUGGAUUAAAGGACUUGUCUGUGUUGGCUACAGCCUUACUCUAGGACAUUCUCCUUCUCCUAUGAGACUGAUGUCAACAACCAUGUGCAUAUGUCUCAUAGGCACAAGGUUUAGGAAACACAUACACAGCAAGGGCUGACUACAUGACGGUUUUAACUUUACAGAAACAAGUUUCUGAUCGCUACGUGACAGGAGUAUUAGCAGCUUCAUUUUAGGGACUCAUCAUCUCUUUAGCUCUUUUCCUUCCUGGCAGUUUUUAUAAAAUUAGUCUGCAAGCUCUAUUGGGGGCUAAAACAUCUCAUUGAAAAUGUCGAAACAUUUUAAGUAACUGUGAAAAUGGUUUUUAUUCCUUGCCAAUCUGGGAAUAUGCCUUUUAUGUAUGCAUACGUGUGUGUGUGUGUGUAUGUGUGUGUGUGUGUGUAUGUUAAAGUUCUGUAUUAGUGUGUAUGUGUUUGUAUGUAUGUCCGUGUAUGUGUAUGUUAAGUGCUGUAUUAGUGUGUGUGUUAAUACUUUUUGAAAGAAAAGGACACUUGAAAAAAAUGUAUCACCCCAAAAGUUCAAUCUGAAAUGUCUUACAUUAAGAAUUUCUUGAAUGUUGUGUAUAUAUUUUUAAAAGCACUUUGUGAAAUAGUUUGUACAUUUAUUUCCUAAUUUAUACCUGAUUUUGGUGUUAAUAUAUUUAAUUAUUAAUAAUGUUUAUUUAAUGUUUUGUUCAUUUUUAUGUCAUUUUGUGGGGGAAAGGUGAUGCUGGUCUUUUUCAUUGCCUGUAUUAUAGCUUUUCUUCUGUAACAUGAAUGUUUGGAGACUCCUAGGCUGAAAUGAACCCAUUGUGCAGGUGUGGUUGACUGUGUUUUGUUUUCUAUGACGACUCCUACUGAAGGCCAGAAAAGAUGCAAAGGGAGAAUUUGGAAAUCGCUGCUCGUUCUUUCUUCUGUUUCCUAACAUCCGUUCAACACUUGACCACUAAUGACUGAUGUUUUCAGAUGUGCUGACCACUACCUGCGGCUUAGCAGAAGCUGCACAUGUCAGGGCCAUGGUUGGAUGGAUAUCUCUGCAGACUUAGCAUAUAGCACAGUGGGAGAUGGGAGAUGUCCACAGAGGCACUGGGCAGACGCAGGCCUGGCCCAGGAAAGAGGUGUCUUCCUUUUCUGUUGUACCAGUUUCCAGACACGGGCUUCAGUAAUGAGUGUUCAAAGUUGUAAAAAGAGGAAGACUUUCCAUUAAAACACUUUUUUUUAGCCAUUA